AAUAUAAUGAAUACAGGCGCGCGAAGAAAACGCCAACGCUCUAAAUUCUCACUCUUUCCCGCCACAACACCAUCAACAAAACCCCCAACAAGAUGAAAAAUCUCCUCUCCCGAACAACACUACCACUACCAAAAAUGUCCUCCUCAUCUUCCUCUAAAACCCUAACGGACUUUUUCCAGCGCUCCUCAAAACGCUUAAAAACAACCACAACGCUCUCCUCUCCUUCCGAUUCCAUCACGCUUCCCGAUGACUCCGAUCUCUCUCCGGACCAGAAAUCGAGGAUCGAAUUUAACAAGCUCCUCGCCAAGUCCAAGCGCAACCUCAAACUAUGCUCUCAAAGAGUCUCUAAAGCCUCUACAGGUGAUGGUGUGAUGAGGUUGAAUUUGAAGUUGGAGGAGUUGCUGGUGGAGGAGACGUGGCUGGAGGCGCUGCCGAAUGAGUUUGAGAAGCCGUAUGCGAAGAAGCUGUGUGAAUUUGUGGAGAACGAAAUAUGUGGCAGUGGUUUUCCGAUUUAUCCGCCGCCUCAUUUGAUUUUUAAUGCGCUUAAUACGACUCCGUUUGAUAGAGUGAAAGCUGUUAUUAUUGGACAGGAUCCAUAUCACGGACCAGGUCAGGCAAUGGGUCUCUCUUUCUCCGUUCCAGAGGGCAUUAAAGUUCCCUCAAGUUUAGGAAACAUGUAUAAGGAACUUAAACAAGAUUUGCAAUGUUCAAUUCCAUCUCAUGGAAAUCUGGAAAGAUGGGCUCUACAGGGUGUUCUACUUCUCAAUUCGGUUCUUACUGUUAGGCAACAUCAGGCAAACUCACAUGCAAAGAAAGGAUGGGAGCAGUAUACUGAUGCUGUUAUAGAGACAAUCUCCAAAAAGAAAAGAGGAGUUGUUUUCCUUCUUUGGGGAAAUUAUGCUCAGGUGAAAUCCAGGUUGAUUGAUGGGACAAAGCACCACAUUCUCAAGGCAGCACAUCCUUCUGGUUUAUCCGCAAACAGGGGCUUCUUUGGAUGCAGGCAUUUUUCUCGCACAAACCAGCUGUUGGAAGAAAUGGGAAUGUCUCCCAUAGAUUGGCAGCUAUAAUCUAGAGAAGUGACCAGCAACCCUGAUGUAGUUUUGUCUUCUGGGCUCAGAUAUCACGACUGUUACUCACCUGGACACGUGGCAAAUGUCGGACCCGGAUUUUAGUUAUAGGUUUGUAAUGUAUCAUAUGUAAGGGGUCCUAAUCUAGCAUUGAAUUUUUCCUUCAACUGUUGAAGUCGAUUCCUGUUUAGUAGCUAUGUUUUUGGCUCUAAUAUGUAACUGGAUUUUUUAAGACGUAGCACUGGUUAUUAGUUGCCAAAACAGCUAAAUUUGUUUA